CUGCCCCCUUUCUUCAGUGUGUAAAAAGAACUAAAACCCUUUUCUCUCUCUGGAUAUGUGUGAAAUUUGCACAGAUUGAAGGUGUUCCGAUCUGUGUGUUCGAAAUUGAAGAUUAGCAUACAGGGGGAGAGAGAAAGAUCUGCACCGAUUUCUUCUUGUUUUUGAGUGAUUCUGGUAGUUGCUUUGGAGAAGUAUUGAGGACAGUUCAGAAUUUUUCAAGAUUUAGAAUGAAGAAUAAUGAGCGUCUUGCGAAUUUGGCUCUAGCAGGUUUGACCAUAGCCCCGCUCUUCGUGAAGAUAGACCCAAAUUUAAAUGUCAUCCUGACAGCUUCUCUAACUGUGUAUGUUGGGUGCUAUCGCUCUGUUAAACCAACUCCACCAUCAGAAACAAUGUCAAACGAACAUGCUAUGCGGUUUCCGUUGGUUGGGAGUGCAAUGUUGCUAUCACUGUUUUUUCUUUUCAAAUUUCUAUCGAAAGACUUGGUUAAUGCUGUAUUAACGUGCUAUUUUUUCGUGCUCGGGAUCGCUGCUCUUUCGGCAACAUUGCUACCAGCAAUUAAACGAUUCCUGCCAAAAACAUGGAAUGAUAAUCCCAUCAUAUGGCAUUUCCCAUAUUUCCGAUCUUUGGAGGUCGAGUUUACAAAAUCACAGAUUGUCGCGGCAAUUCCCGGAACCUUCUUUUGCAUUUGGUAUGCUUCCAAGAAGCACUGGCUGGCUAAUAAUAUAUUGGGGCUUGCUUUCUGCAUUCAGGGAAUUGAAAUGCUUUCACUUGGCUCAUUUAAGACUGGUGCUAUUCUCUUGGCGGGACUUUUUGUAUAUGACAUUUUCUGGGUUUUUUUUACUCCAGUCAUGGUUAGCGUAGCUAAAUCUUUUGAUGCUCCAAUAAAGCUUUUAUUCCCAACAUCAGAUUCUGCACGUCCCUUUUCGAUGUUAGGACUUGGUGAUAUAGUGAUCCCUGGAAUUUUUGUUGCAUUGGCACUAAGAUUUGAUGUUUCCAGAGGAAAAGAGAGCCAAUAUUUUAAGAGCGCUUUUGUAGGAUAUACAGUUGGUUUGGUCGUCACAAUCAUUGUAAUGAACUGGUUUCAAGCAGCACAGCCUGCACUGUUGUAUAUUGUGCCUGGUGUUAUUGGAUUCUUGGCUGCACAUUGCUUAUGGAAUGGGGAAGUCAAACCCUUGUUGGCGUUUGACGAGUCUAAAACAAGUAGCGCUUCUGAAGAAACGGAUGCAGACUCGAGCAAGAAAGCGGACUGAUUUUGAUUGGUAGAUUUUGAGGUGAAGGGUUCAAAUUUUACUUACAAAGAAGGUUGAGGACAUAUAUGACAAAGCUCUUCAGUAGUCAUCGACUAACUUAUGAAACCACAUAUUGUUGUACCAGAUUUUGGUAAUUAGCAGAAACAAUAUUAGCACCUUCUUGCCCGCUUUAAGAUGAUCCCUGAAUGUGAAUCCAUAAUCAGAUCUUAAUGUCAUAAAUUUUGAUUCCUUCUCCA